AUGCCACAAAGCUCAUCGGCAUCAUCAAAAUGGUCUCCUAGAACAAAGCGGGAUAAUUUGUCAUUCAACGAGCCAUCAACUUCAUCCGUUGAAGUUAGUUUUUUUUUUCAAAGCUUAUUUAAGUUGGUUACUAGCCUUCUAGAGAAUUUGGUUUUCGUUCGCACGCGUUCAAACGGAAAACGAAUGUAUAGCUGAUUCACGACUGGCUCAAAAAUCGAUACUUUUUUUGUUUCGAUGUUCAGUUUGAAAAUAAUGUCAUUCUGGCGUGAAGUUGAGUAUAAAAAUGGCCCGAUAAAUCCUUGAAAGCUAGAUAUUUUUUAUAGUCGUUAACUGCGUAAAAAUUUAGAGAAUAUCGUUCCAAAUUGAAAAAAAAAACUGACGAAGCUGCAGUUUUUGAAAAUUCCUACAGAGUCGACUCUUUCAUAACGGGUUCAAAAAAUGAUGAAAAACGCAAAAUCAACUGUGAAAGUGCGACCAGGCCUAAGUUUUACAGCUCAUUAAAGUAGAUUAAGUAGAAAAAUUCAAAAAUUUCUUCGUACGUUUUUGUUUUUUUGUUUCUAUCGUGGACAGUUUCUGCUUUCAAAUAUUUUUUUCAAAAAAAUAUCGUGCAGUUUUCAAAGUAGAUGCGCGUUUAUCUUUUUUUCCCCGUCUAACGGCUAUUUUUUUAAUAUCAAAGGAAAAACGAACUUGUUUAGUUUUGAAACAUACGAAAAAUUCAAAUAUAAAAGAUUCAUUUCUUGUUAUCUUGUAAGCUCUCAAUUCCAAACCUCCACUGCAUAUCCACAAUGAAUUUAUGUCUAUGACUAAAUUAUUUUUUUAUAAGAUAUUCUGGAAAAAGAAGUAAAAAAAGAAGCGAUAAAUUUGAUAGUAAAUAAAAAAAUAAAAAAAGCCGACCACCGGAGAGCUUUUUAUAAAGCCAAAUGCAAAUCAGAAAAAAAGUGAGGCACGUGACAGUUGCCACAUGUCAUUGUUCUUCCAAGUUGGGGCUUAGAUUAACUUUCACGCAGAAUAAAAUAAACAUUUUAUCUCGCGUAAUUCGUGAGUAAUUCAGUUAUUAAGCUAUCCUAUUCAUCUCAAUGUUCAGAAUUUCCAGGAUCCCUCAACUUCUGCAGAAGAACCUUCCGAAUUGAGAUCGAAUCUUAUUGCACGUUUGCUGGCUAAAAUAAGAGACGUGCGCGAUGAAAGGUGAAUAUAUUCGUAAAAUAAUAAUUUCUUUUGUUAAUGAAAGUAACUUCGUGCAUUUAUCAAUGUGAAUCAGUAAUGAACAUUUUCACGCUGCCAGUUAAAAAUAUUGAAAAAUCAUAGCUAAUUUUCAGAGAGACUCUGUGUUUCGAUGUGAAGAAAGAAGAUGAAUGUCCCAAAGAACUUAGUCAUCCUACCGAACGGAUAGCGCCGCUCAAUGAUCAUAUUCUUCAGCUCGAAACAAGGUUCAUGGUUUUGCUGAUAGGAGAUUCUAUUUUAAUUAUUACAGAACGUCUGGUGUUUUGUUAGAAGACCUCUUAAAAAACCCAAGCUAUGCGUCUCUGGCAAUUAAGAUGGAAGCCGAAGGUGAUUUUUUUUUCUGAUAAUUUCUGAGAUCAUUAUUUUUUCCCCGCACAAACACUUUUAGUUUUCGUAGAGAAUGUUUCCCAAUUCACCAGACAGAAGUUUAAAAAAGUUGAACUUGUUUUUCCUUUUUUCAAUGAAGCGUAGAUAAUGUUUCGUUAGUAGUCGGGAAAAGAACUGUAUUCGUUUCACUUAUGUCGCGUUUAAAGCAGAUUCGACGCGCACUGAAAAAAUGAAAUCCCAGGGCUCUCUAGGGCUGGAAACAUUUCUUAGUGAUUUCUUCAAUCUGAUUCGCCACAUUACCUAGAAUCUUCUCAACCUACUUUUGAACGUUAUACCAUUCAUGUUUUUUCCUUUGUCGAGCGAAACGCUAUUCAAGAAAUUUAAUUCUUUAUAAGUGAAUUGCAAGGUGAAAGUAUAUGUGAUAAAAAUGAAGUUCAGCUUUGAGCAGCAAAGAACUUGCCCCUAUCGAAGUGAAGAUCGAGGACGUCGCUUCUUCGUCAGCUGUUAGUCUGCUUUCUAGUUUCCUGUACUUUUUUCAUUUCUAGUCCACGAAUGUUACAAGUGGCUCCCAAUCCGUCUUCGAUGGCAACCAGGAGACGAACGUUGAAAAAGCAGCAAAAAGAGUACGUUUUCUUCUAUUUGGCUUAUAUAAUUUAUAAUAAGAAACAUCCUCAAGCUUUUCCAUUGAUCAAUAUUUUUCCUUGCGUAGAACCUCGUUAAAGAGUUUUGCAUAACUUUUAUUUUGCUCAUAGCUGAGAAAUUUGGCAGGAAGCGCAUGUUAUGGCGAAGAUUGCGGAACUUCGAAGAACUGGGAUGUGGACGAAUAGCAGACUGCCGAUGUGUGUGGAACCUGCUCGCAACAAGACUCACUGGGACUAUUUGUUGGAAGAAGUCAGGUGGAUGGCGACCGAUUUCCGACAAGAAAGAAGUUUCAAACGGAACGCUGCUAAAAAGGUGUGUCCCUCGACCGUUGAGCAAUUACGAGCUUCAUUCUUCUUUCAGCUAGCUACCGCAAUCAAUCGCCAACAGAGGGAUAAACAAAUUGAACAAGAAAAAGCUGAACAGAGAGUUGUUAAGGUUUUUUCCACCUAGUUUCUUCUCUAAUUCCAUUUUUCAAUCAGGAAGGAAAGAGAAUUUGUGCUUCGAUUGCAAAAAUGAUUCGCGAUUUCUGGCAGAACGUCGACAAAGUCGUCGAUUUCAGAGCACAGGUUGUUUUUAUUGAAUGUCUUUUUUUUUAACAAGCCGGUUUCAGGAGAUCCUCGAGUCGAAAAAACGAAAAGCCCUGGACAAGCAUCUUGCUUUCAUUGUGGGCGAAGCGGACAAGCUGAGCAGCAUGGUUCAAGAAGGACUGAUUGCGGAGAAGAGCUCGAAGACGCCGUCGAUCGCUUCGGAUCCCGCUGACAGUACGUUACCCACAACGAAAACUCUCAUUACUAAAACUAUCGUAUCCAAUAUAGAAAAAAAAAUUAAAGAAAACGAGAAGCGAAGCGUGUGCGUUCGCGGAUCUUGGCAGGAGUUCAAUUCAACCGUCAUUGAUUGUUUGAAGAGCUUGUUUUUCGCUUUUUUCAUUUCUUUUUUGGUUAUUUAUUGAUUUUUUUAUUUCUGCAUCAAAAAAUAGCAGAAUAGAUGAAAAAAAUAUCUCGGCAAACGAGCUUUUUUUAAAUAGUCGCUAUCGGUUGAAUCGAACUCGUGCCAAGAAACGCGUACGCACACGCUACGCGUCCCGCCCAUUUCUCUGUCUCUCUCGCCUUUCAAGUCAGGAAAAAAAUUGACUAUAAACUAAAUCUCAAAAAAAUAUAUCGUUUUAAUUCAAUAAUCUCGAAAAAUAAAAAAAGUUUCUUGCUUUACAAACUCGUUUUUUUGGGAGUUUUCUUUGGCAGAAUUUUCAAAUUUUUUUCAUGACGGUUCAAAAAAAUUGGAAAUUUAACUUUAUCUGUCGAGUUAAUCUGUUUAUAUAUUUUUAUGGACUAAGGGAAGGUUUUACGCUGAUUUUACAGAAGAUGACGCUGAGUUUUCCGGCGAUGAGUCUGAAACUGAUGACGAAAGCACUAUUGCGAAAGCUGAGCUCUCCGUCAGGGGAGAAGAGGUCAGGAACGAAGUGGCCGCUUUAGAGGACGAAGCGAACCAAGACAUCGAUGAUUUUCUGGCUUCGGUUUAGUUUUCAUAUUUUCUAUCUUCAUUCAGCCCAGUUUCAGUUACCGGAAGGCUAUUUGGCAUCACUUGGAAUUCAACCAUCCUCCAUCAAAAAUCGAGAAGAAACUCCAAACCACAAAGAAAUUGGUGAAAGUAGCGCAGGCUCCAGCGCAGAGGUGCAUUUUUGGCUUUCAUUAUACUCCGAAAAUCUUGCUUUUUCCAUCAUUUUCGCUUUUAUCAUUGACCCUACAUUUUUAGAAAAAUUUUGAACACCUGAAUGAUGACAAGAAGAUGGAUAAGAGCGAAGUUUGUGAAGUCUCAAGUACAUCGGCUUCAAUUGACGAGGCGUCCGAGCAAAAUCAAGACCAUGCCGCUCUGGUAUUUUUGAUUAUAUUAUCGCCAGAAGUAAAAAGAAAUCAGCGGAGUAACGAAAAAAAAGCUAAUUCUUGAAAGAUAGGUAGAAAUACGGGAGGUGGGAAAGUACAGAAAAUUAGUGUGAGAUAUAAAUAAGAGACAAAAAUUGAGAAUAGGAUGAUUGAGUAAUUGAGCGCAGAAUAUAUUUAGAAUUUUCAUAUGUUCUUAGAAGAGUCAACUUUUUUGUCUACAGGAUGGAAACGGCGAUAGCCGCGGGGUCCUCGAACAAGUGGAUUACGCAAAACUGAACAGUGAAGACAGCGACGAACGACAGAAAGAGCUAGCCAACAUAGCGGAAGAAGCUUUGAAGUUUCAACCCAAGGGAUACACUCUCGAGACUACCCAGGUUUCUUUCACUUUCUUAUGAGAAUGGAAACUUGUGAGUUGAAAAAAAUAUUCUUUUCUCGUUAUUUGUAUUAUUAAUUUUUUUUAAACCUUUUUCCUUAUUCUGAUCAUCAUCGUUUCUUUUAAAGGUUAAAACAACAACUCCGUUUCUCAUUCGAGGAAUUUUACGCGAAUAUCAAAUGGUUGGCUUGGACUGGCUGGUUACUCUCUAUGAAAAAAAUUUGAACGGGAUUUUGGCGGAUGAAAUGGGUAGGUGAAGCCUUUUUUUUUGCGUGACUUUAGACUUUUCAUUUCCACUGUGACUCAGAAUCAUAAGAGGAACCAAAAUAUUCGCAGUUUUGGCGUUUCAGUUUCGCCUGUGUCGCGCAAAUGCUGAGUUCAAUGUACAAGUUGAAUUAAGGUCUGGGAAAAACGAUCCAAACUAUUUCUCUAUUGGCCCAUCUGGCGUGUUCCGAGUCGAUUUGGGGUCCUCACUUGAUUGUCGUUCCGACGUCGGUGAUUCUGAACUGGGAAAUGGAGUUCAAGAAGUGGUGUCCAGCUUUGAAAAUCCUCACGUACUUCGGUUCUUUGAAGGACCGGCAGGAGAAAAGAAAAGUACUUGUUUGAAAUACUUCAUCUUUUUCAUCUUAUUUUUGUAGGGAUGGUCAAAACAGAACAGUUUCCACGUCUGUAUCACUUCCUACAAAACUGUGAUUGCGGAUAUCAGGGCUUUCAAGAAAAAAGUUCGAGGAAAAUAUUUUCUAAAUUCGUUUUUAUUUUUUGAGGCAUGGCAAUAUCUCAUACUGGACGAGGCUCAAAACAUCAAAAAUUGGAAAAGCCAACGAUGGCAGGCCUUGUUGAACAUGCGAGCUCGUAGAAGGCUUCUGCUGACAGGUUUCAUUGAAGCUUACUUUUUUCGAAGAUGAGAUUUCAGGGACACCGCUGCAGAAUUCUCUGAUGGAGCUUUGGUCUUUGAUGCAUUUCUUGAUGCCGGCCAUAUUUGCGAGUCACGACGACUUCAAGGACUGGUUCAGCAAUCCGUUGACCGGAAUGAUGGAGGGGAGCGUCGAGUUUAACGCCCCUCUUGUCCAGCGACUUCACAAGGUUCUCAUUUUCUUUUUUCUUUUCUAAUGAGGUACCGAUCUUUAGCAACCAAGAAUUGUUUAGGUUCUGCGGCCUUUCAUACUUCGUCGUUUAAAAUGCGAAGUGGAAAAGCAACUGCCCGAGAAAACUGAACACGUCAUCAAGUGCUCCCUGUCCAAGCGUCAACGAUACCUCUACGACGACUUCAUGAGCAAACGGGAAACUCGAGAAAAUCUCAAAUCAGGCAACAUGAUGUCUGUGUUGAACAUUGUCAUGCAGCUGCGCAAGGUUAGAAAAUUAUUUUUUUUUUAAAAGUGAUUUCGAGUAUUUAUGAAAAAUAGAACGACAAUCAAUUAUUAAUGGAACUAAAAUUUAUUUUUCAGUGUUGUAACCAUCCGAAUCUUUUCGAGCCUCGCCCAGUUGUCUCUCCACUCGUUCUCAACAAACAGACUCUGCACCUGCCUGGCUUCUUGUUCGACAUCGCCGAUUCCGAUCCAGCCAAAGACCAAAUAAUACCUCAUAUUUUCGAUCUGCGGAGUCGUCUCGGAGGCUGGCAAACGCAGGUGCGACUAUUGAUAGUUUUUCUUCGUAUCCAAGGCUUCCAGGUUUCUUCGAGACGACCGCUCGUCGAGGAAGUCGGCAACAUUGUCGAAGUUCUGCGUCCACCUACUGUCGAAGGCUUCCGCUUCUGUAGGACUAAUUUCGACGCGGUAAAACUACUUUUUUUUUGAUUGUUUAGACAAUAUCAGCCCAAAAUAUUUUAAGAAAAAAAUUUUAUUAAAGUUUUUUUAUUGAAGAACCAUUUUCAUUUUUUUUAUUAAAUUUAAUUUUUUUACUCCUCAUGUCAGUAUAUAUAAGAAAAAAACUUUAUUUUCCAUGUACGUUAAUACCUUUGCCUUUUUUUUGAAUCAAAGUAUGUAGGAUUAAUUUUUCGAUAUUUCCUUCUAUGAGGCAGAAGUAUGGAGUAAAUUUACUUCGGAAAAUACAUUUUUUGAGGACGAAUUCAUUGAAAAACUUUGAAACGUGGUAAUUUAUCUUUCCGAUUUGCUCAAUUACGACUUGGUUUUUCUUAAUAUCAAUUUUUUUUCGAAAAUUCAAAUACAGGAAGUACAUUCAGAGGUUUUCAAACUCGCUGGCAGCUACAAAAACAAGGCGAAGCGCUGACAGUCCCAGUGAAGAGGAGUCGAAGUCGAACACAGAGCCGAUCAACGGGCACACCAUUUCUGAGUACCUGGCGGCGAUAGACGACUCGGGAGAAAACCCAGCGACGCCCGUCAGUGCCCAGGGACAGCCAUUCGCCAAGCCGCCUCAGAGGCCAGUUUGCGUAAGCUCGACAGUUUUUCUAAGUUUCCUCAGAAGUGUUUUCAGUCGAGUCUCCGUGCGAAAACCGUCCUGAAUCCUGCGCCGCUCUCCAUCUCGACUGACUCCAGAGGCUUCCACUACAACAUGACCAAUGGCGGCACUCAUCCCACGAGAAGCUACGCCGACGCCCGUUUCAGUCCCCCGCUGAAAAGACCCAAGCGCACCGACAAAUUCGAAGCCUACGUUCCGGUUAGUUUUGCUCUCAACGCCUUUCUCAUUGGAAAUUAUUUUCAGGUCAAAUUCAAUGACCGAAUGAACAGCAUGAAGCGAAAUCACCGUGUUGUUGUUUUGCGGCGGUUCGAUUCCAUCAAACGGCCCAUUCUUUGCAACGAGCUGAUUUCGCUCCUUCGUUUGGAUAACUCUGUUAGUUAUUUACUUGUUUUCUUUAAUUUCAAUUUUUGCACAUCACUACAAAAAAAAUUAACAAGGGUUUUUGUAAGGGUUUUUUGUUCGUUUUUUUUUGUUUUGCGUUACAUCGAUAUUGAGAUGGAAAAUUUUAUAUGAUAUUAGAUUACAUGAAAUUUAUCGUGAUUCUCGAAUAAAAAAAUGGGAAGAAAUGGCAAAAGUAGUAACUGCUUGAGCCGAUGUUUUAGCGUGAAAUUCUACGUUCAAGUUCGUUCAAUUUAUUCGUUUCAGAAGGGCGGAAUGUGUGAAAGAGAUGAAAUCAAGGUUUCACUCAAUGGCAGUACGGAUCUUCUUCUCGAUAGGUAUUUUCGAAUUCUGUUUUGUGUUCACGAGCAGUUUCAAGGUUCUCAAUGUAUUCGGAAAACGUAGUUAGCGACGCGUUGGACUGUCGCGCGAGUUCUUUGGGUCGACCGGUGCCGGGACUGGUGCGUCAGAACAAAGUGGAAGAGGCGGCGAAAACCGUCCUCAGCCAAAUGCCGAGUACUUUCGACAAAAUCUCCCUGUCGCGGGUCGUGCAGUUUCCAGAGCUUCGUCUCAUCGAGUACGACUGCGGUAAGAGAGGUCCCCCAUUCAAACAAUCACUUCCUGUGCUUAGGAAAACUUCAAAUUCUUUCGAAUUUGCUGAGACAGCUGUUUUUGUACAAACAUCGGUGUCUGAUCUUCACCCAGAUGUCUCGAAUGCUCGAUGUUCUUCAAGCUUUUCUUUCUUACCAUGGGUAUCAGUAUUUCCGACUGGACGGUACAACUGGCAUCGAACAGAGACAAGUUCUCCACGGAAGUUUUGUUUAACGCAACUUCUGUUUUCAGGCAAUGAUGGAACGUUUCAAUGCAGACCCUAAGAUAUUUUGUUUCAUUCUAUCUACGCGAUCUGGGGGUGUGGGUGUGAACUUGACUGGUGCGGAUACCGUCAUUUUCUAUGAUUCUGAUUGGAAUCCGACAAUGGAUGCCCAGGCACAGGACCGUUGUCACAGGGUUUGUCUACUUAGAUAUCGAGAGAAGAUAUGGGACUUUUAAGAUCGGACAAACGAGAAACGUGGCAAUUUACCGGUUGAUCAGUGAGAAGACCAUCGAAGAAAACAUAUUGAAGAAGGCGGCGCAAAAGAAAAAGUUAGGAGAAAUGGCGAUCGACGAAGCGGGUUUCACUCCUUCCUUUUUCAAGCAGUCGGACAACAUUAGGUUUUGCUCAGUUUUUCGUGCAUAUCACACAUUAGAUUAAGAGAUCUCUUCGAUGGAGAAGAAGUUGAAGUGGAGGCUCCGGCCGACGCUCCUCGCGACCAGAAAGACUUGGAGAAAGUUUUGGCCAAGUUGGAAGAUGACGUCGACGUCGUCGCUACCAAGAAUGCUACCGCCGAAGCACGCGUCGACAAGGCAGAGUUUGAGGAAUCGGCGAAACUGCCAGUCAGCCAUCUCUCUUCCGAUGAACCGCUAGACGAAAAGUACAUGGAUCUUAUUGGCCAGGUACUCUUUUUUUUAAUACAGGUUGAAUGCUCUUUUUUUAAGUUGAAACCUAUUGAACGCUACGCAAUCUCUUUCCUCGAAGAAGAAUACAGACCAGAAUUCGAAGAAGAAGUCAAGGAAGCAGAGGUAUAAUCGAAGCGGUUCCAAUGUUUAUAAGAUUUUAAGGCUCUGAUUGAUCAGAAAAAAGAAGACUGGGUUCGAGCUCACGAACAUGCGAUGUCCGAAAACGCAGAAGAUGUUGGAGACGACUUUUAUCUCGGUGGAAGUCUUCUUGAUGAGGUACGAAAACGCCGCUCCGGAGGCUCCAACGCGACAUAUCCUUCACGUAAAAUCCAAACCGUUCCCACUCGUCAUUCAACCCGCCAAGUAAUCUUGCGCAACUCUUUACGAUCUCCCAAUAGACGGCGCGUUCCUCCUAGCAGUUCUUUCACCCCUCUAAGGUCUCCGGUACGGUCAGCCGCACAGUUAGCAGCAGCAGGACUAGUGCGAAGAUCGAAAGGAAUCACUCCAACUGCCGGUCGAAGUGUCAGUCAACCAUCAUCUGCACCCGAUUCUUCGAAGCGUGGACGUGGCAGACCUCGGAAGAUCAUCAAAGAGAGCAAGCAGUUCACACCCGAAGUUUCAAGCGCCAGUUCUGCAGAAAGCAGUAAGCGAAAGGACGUCACUGAGCCACCAACAACAGAUACGGUGCCGCCUAAAAUAACUAUUGUGAAGGCGCGAGCUUCAUUAGCCACAGCAAUCACAUCUGUUCCUACUACCAGUACACUUACCAGUCCGAGUUCCCGUCUUUCCUCCACUACGCCGACUCAAAAGCCGACUGUGGCUCAAAAUCCAGUUUUUCCGGUUAGAACAAUACGUUCUGGUAGCUCUGUGGUUCCAACAUUGAGACGAAUUCCAGCUUCAGUUGUACCACCUCAAGCGCGUAUUGUACGGAUUUCCAACUUCGUCGCGCCUGCAUCAAUCCAAAGAACAAGUUCUGAAAUCUCUCCGACGCGAAUCGUCACCCAGAGACAUAUCGUGACAUCGGCUCCUGUUCGCAGGAUAGGGCCUUCAGGAGAGCAACGCACAUUCUACGCCUAUCCGGCACGUGGCCAAUCCAAUAUGCGGCCCGUGUUCCCAGUGAGAGUGAUCUCUUCUCAAAGAGUCGCUUUGCAACAGCCGAACCAUCAGCAGAAUAUGCAAGCCUACGCUGAUAACAUAGGACAACGACCUGGAUUGGGAGACUAUGAACGUCCAAGGCUUUCAUAUCGCCGACCUGAUGCAGAGCCGGAGACCUAG